AUGAAUAUUGUUUGUUGGAACAUUAGAGGGUUAAACGAUUUAAACAGAAGAGAUAUUGUCAAGAAGAAAGUUAGAGAUUGGAAGCCUACAAUUUUAAUGCUUCAAGAGACUAAAUUGCAUCUUUGUACUGAUUUAAUUGUUUGGAAGUGUUGGGGAAAUAAGAAUGUUAAGUGGAUUGAUUCGCCUUCUCAAGGAAGCUCUGGAGGUAUUUUUUGUCUUUGGGAUUCUUCUAAGAUUGAGGUUUUGGAUUAUCUUAUGGGUCCUUUUUCAAUUACACUUUUGUGUAAAACUAUUGGUACUUCUUUUGAAUGGAUGUUUACUGGAAUUUAUGCGCCUUGUGCUUCUUACACUGAAGAUGUCAAGGAAUUUUGGAGAGAAAUAGAAGAAGUGCGCAGUUUCUGGAAUUAUCCUUGGGUCAUUGGUGGAGAUUUUAAAGAAAUUCGUUUUGGUCAUGAAAGAUCAAUAGGUAGUAGCAUCACUACUGGUAUGAAGAAGCUGAACAGAUUCAUCUCAAAGCAUCAACUUAUUGAUCUUCUGUUAAUUGACGCUUAUUUUACAUGGACGAAUAAUCAAGUUCAGAGUGUGAGAAGUAGAAUUGAUAGAUUCUCAAUUUCCAUUCCUUGGGAUUCAGAAAAUCCAAAUGUUAUUCAACAAGCUCUCCCUGGACCAGUCUCUGAUCAUAGCCCCAUAACUCUUAUUUGUGAUGGUUUGAAGCGUGGUCCUUCUCCAUUUCGCUGUAAUCCAGACUUUGUUUUCUGUAAAAAGUUGCAAAUGUUGAAGUCUAAACUAAAGGAAUGGAGCAAGCAAGAAUAUGGAGAAUUAGAAAGAAAGCUGGAGGAACUUGAGGAAUUUUUUUUCUAA